CCUGGUGUGUCCCCACCCCGCCUCCCCCAGUGCCUCUGAGCCCAGACCACAGACAGCAGCAGCCAGACAGAGCGAGCAUGGCGGGGUUGGGGGCCGCUGGGCAGCUCCUCCUCCUCCGGCUCCUGAGCCUGGCGCAGGCCCAGGGGGUGGGCAGAGGUGGCGCUGUCUCCAGGGAGUCCCUGGGGCUUGCUGACAUCCAUGACUACCAGCAGCAGGCCCCGGCCAGCUCCUCAGACCCCGCUGGGGCCUCCCAGGAGCAGUGGCGCCCUCUGCAGGAGUCACUGAAAAGGCUGGAGGCUGAGGUGACACAGCUCAGAGAGCAGAACAAGGACCUGCAGGAGAGGGUGAGGCAGCUGGAGUCCUGCGAAUGCCGGCCCGCUUCUCCCCAGUGCUGGGCUCUGGGGCGGGCCUGGCCUGAGGGGGCUCGCUGGGAGCCUGACGCCUGCACAGCCUGCGUCUGCCAGGGUGGGGCUGCGCUCUGUGGCCCCAGGCCUGGCCUGCCCCAGUGCCGUGGCUGCAGCCACAAUGGUCAGGCCUAUGGCAAUGGGGAGACCUUCUCCCCCGACGCCUGUACCACCUGCCGCUGCCUGGAAGGCGCCAUCGCCUGUACCCAGAAGCCAUGCCCAAGGGGACCCUGCCCGGAGCCAGGAGCAUGCUGCCCACACUGUGAGCCAGGCUGCCCUGAAGGUCCCGGGGCUGGGGAGACGUGGCAACCCGAGCCCUGUGUCACCUGCACCUGCCAGGCAGGGACCGUGCGGUGCCAGGGGCCCUCGUGCCCAGAGCUCACCUGCCUGGAGAGCUACACCCCACCGGGGGAGUGCUGCCCCGUCUGCCGGCCAGGCUGUGAGUACGAGGGGCAGCUUUACGAAGAGGGGGCCAGCUUCCCGUCCAGUUCCAACCCUUGUCUCCAGUGCUCCUGCCUGAGGAGCCUGGUUCGCUGUGUGCCCAUGAAGUGCCCGGCCAGCCCCUGCCCUGAGCCAGUCCUGAGGCCUGGCCACUGCUGCCCGGCCUGCCCAGCCCCAGGCUGCACAGAAGGUGGCUCUCGCCGGGAGCACGGCCAAGAAUGGACUACACCUGGGGACCCCUGCCGGCUCUGCCAGUGCCUGGAGGGCCAAAUCCAGUGCCGCCAGCGAGAAUGCUCCAGCCUGUGCCCAUACCCUGCCCGGCCCCUCCCGGGCACCUGCUGCCCCGUGUGCGAUGGCUGUUUCCUAAACGGACGGGAGUACCGCAGCGGGGAGCCGGUGGGCUCCGGGGACCCCUGCUCGCACUGCCGCUGUGCUAACGGGAGCGUCCAGUGCGAGCCCCUGCCCUGCCCGGCUGCGCCCUGUAGACACCCUGGCAGGCUCCCCGGGCAGUGCUGCCCCGUCUGUGCCGGCUGUGAGUACCAGGGACACCACUAUCAGAGCCAGGAGACCUUCCGACUCCAAGAGGGUGGCCGCUGCCUGCGCUGCUCCUGCCAGGCCGGCGAGGUCUCUUGUGAGGAGCAGGAGUGCCCGGUCGCCCCCUGCACCCUGCCAGACUCUGGUCCCCAGCUGUGCUCAGCCUGUGUGCUUGGUGGAGAGGAGUUUGCUGAUGGCGUCCAGUGGGAGCCUGAUGGUCAGCCCUGCACAGCCUGCUCCUGCCAAGACGGGGUGCCCGUGUGCGGGGCUGUGCUCUGCUCCCCAGCCCCCUGCCAGCACCCCACCCAGACACCUGGCGCCUGCUGCCCCAGCUGUGAGAGCUGCACCUACCAUGGCCAAGUGUAUGCCAACGGGCAGAACUUCACGGACACAGACAGCCCUUGCCACGCCUGCCGAUGCGAGGACGGGACCGUGAGGUGCUCCUUGGCUGACUGUCCACCCACACCAUGCGCCAGGCCCCAGAGUGGACCAGGCCAGUGCUGCCCCAGGUGCCCAGACUGUGUCCUGGAGGAACAAGUGUUUGCGCACGGCGAGAGCUUCUCCCACCCCCGAGACCCCUGCCAGGAGUGCUGGUGUCAGGAGGGCCACGCCCGCUGCCAGCCUCGGGCCUGCCCCAAGCCGCCCUGUGCCCACCCGCUGCCUGGUCCCUGCUGCCGCAACGACUGUCAUGGCUGUGCCUUCGGCGGGAAAGAGUACCCCCACGGAGCAGACUUCCCCCACCCCUCUGACCCCUGCCGCCUGUGUCACUGUCUGAGCGGCAACGUGCAGUGCCUGGCCCGCCGCUGCCCUCCGCUGCCCUGUGCGGAGCCGGUCCUGCUGCCCCGAGAGUGCUGCCCGCAGUGCCCAGCCUCCCCCUCCAGCUGCCCGAGGCCUGGGGGCUUGGAGCCCGUGCGCCACCAGGAGCACUUCUUCCUGCCGGGGGACCUCUGCCACCGCUGCCUCUGCCUGGACGGCUCCGUGUCCUGCCAGCGCCUGCCGUGCCCGCCCGCGCCCUGCGCCCACCCGCGCCAGGGGCCCUGCUGCCCCUCCUGCGACGGCUGCCUGUAUGAGGGGACGGAGUUGGCCAGCGGGGAGCGCUUCCCGUCGCCCACAGUGCGGUGCCACCACUGCCUCUGCCUGGAGGGCAGCGUCAGCUGCGAGCCCAGGGCCUGUGCCCCUGCCCAGUGUCCUUUCCCUGCCAGGGGCGACUGCUGCCCUGCCUGUGACGGCUGUGAGUAUUUUGGGGAGUCCUACCUGAGCGGCCAGGAGUUCCCAGAGCCCCGAGCGCCCUGCAACCUGUGUACCUGCCUGGAAGGCUUUGUGACCUGCGGCCGCAGACCCUGUGAGCCUCUGGGCUGCAGCCACCCGCUCAUCCCAUCUGGGCACUGCUGCCCCACCUGCCAGGGAUGCCUCUAUCAUGGAGUCACUGCUGCCCUAGGAGAGACCCUCCCUGACCCACUGGACCCCACCUGCUCCCUGUGCACCUGCCAGGAAGGUUCCAUGCGCUGCCAGAAGAAGCCAUGUCCACCUGCUCUCUGCCCUCACCCCUCCCCAGGCCCCUGCUCCUGCCCUGUGUGCCACAGAUGCUUCUCUCGGGGCCGGGAGCACCAGGAUGGGGAGGAGUUUGAGGGGCCCUCAGGCAGCUGCGAGCGGUGUCGCUGUCAGGCCGGCCACGUCAGCUGUGUGCGGCUGCGGUGCCCACCCCUGUCCUGCCCACUCCAGGUCACCGAGCAGGGGAGCUGCUGCCCUCGCUGCAGAGGCUGCCUGGCCCACGGGGAGGAGCACCCUGAAGGCAGUAGCUGGGAGCCUCCGGACAGCCCCUGCUCCUCCUGCAUGUGUCGCGAGGGUAUUGUCACCUGCGCCCGAGUCCAGUGCGUCAGCUCCUGUGCCCAUCCCCGCCAGGGGCCCAGUGACUGCUGCCCUCGAUGCUCUGACUGUGAGCAUGAAGGCCGGAAGUAUGAGCCAGGGGACAGCUUCCAGCCUGGGGCAGACCCCUGUGAAGUGUGCAUCUGUGAGCUGCAGCCCGAGGGGCCUCCCAGCCUUCGCUGUCACCGACGGCAGUGUCCCAGCCUGGUGGGCUGCCCUGCCAGCCAGCUCCUGCCCCCGGGGCCUCAGCAUUGCUGUCCCACCUGUGCCCAGGCCUUGAGUAACUGCACGGAGGGCCUGCUGGGGUCUGAGCUGGUCCCGCUGGACCCCUGUUACACCUGCCAGUGCCAGGACCUGACUUGGCUCUGCAUUCACCAGGCCUGUCCUGAGCUCAGCUGUCCCCCAUCAGAGCGCCAUACCCCCCCUGGGGGCUGCUGCCCUGUGUGUGUGGAAUGUGUGGUGGAGGCCCAGGGCCGGAGAGUGGCGGAUGGAGAGAGCUGGCGGGACCCCAGCAACGCCUGCAUUACUUGUACCUGCCAUCGGGGCCGCGUGGAGUGCCGCCUUGAGGAGUGCCAGGCCCUCUCCUGCCCACACGGCUGGGUGAAGGUGCGAGACACUGGCAGGUGCUGUGAACGAUGCCAAGUCGCCUCAGCUCCCGCCCAGUCAUGUGAGCACCAGGGCCGAGAGGUGGCCUCCGGGGAAAGCUGGGCCGUGGACCCCUGCACCAGGUGCUCCUGCGUGGCCGGCGCCGUGCGCUGCCAGAGUCAGCGCUGCCCGCCGCUCUCCUGCGGCCCUGACGAGGCUCCCGCCCUGAAUCCCGGCAGCUGCUGCCCCCGCUGCCUGCCGCGGCCGGCUUCCUGCGUGGCCUUCGGAGACCCCCAUUACCGCACCUUCGACGGCCGCCUGCUGCACUUCCAGGGCAGCUGCAGCUACGUGCUGGCCCGGCACUGCCGUGGAGGGGACUUCAGUGUGCACGUGACCAACACUGACCGGGGCCGGAGCGGCGUGGCCUGGACCCAGGAGGUGGCGGUGCUGCUGGGAGACGUGGCCGUGCGGCUGCUGCAGGGCGGGGCGGUCACGGUGGACGGGCGCCCUGUGGCCCUGCCCUUCCUGCAGGAGCCGCUGCUGUACGCGGAGCUGCGGGGAGGCACCGUGAUCCUGCACACCCAGCCGGGGCUCCAGGUGCUGUGGGAUGGGCAGUCCCAGGUGGAGGUGAGAGUGCCUGGCUCCUACCGGGGCCAGAUCUGUGGGCUCUGUGGGAACUUCAAUGGCUUUGCCCAGGAUGAUCUGCAGGGCCCUCAGGGGCUGCUCCAACCCACGGAGGCUGCCUUUGGGAAUAGCUGGCAGGUCCCCGAGGGGCCGGGACCUGGCCGGCCCUGUGCCAAGGGCCGGGAGGUGCAUCCCUGCCGAGCAGCAGGCUACCGUGCCCGGCGUGAGGCCAACGCCCGGUGCGGGGUGCUGAAGUCCCCCCCGUUCAGUCGCUGCCAUGCCGUGGUGCCGCCGGAGCCCUUCUUUGCCGCCUGUGUGUAUGACCUGUGUGCCUGUGGCCCCGGCUCCUUGGCUGACGGCUGCCUCUGCGAUGCCCUGGAGGCCUACGCCAGCCACUGUCGCCAGGCAGGGGCGACGCCGGCCUGGCGGGGCCCGUCGCUCUGUGUGGUGGGCUGCCCCCUGGACCGUGGCUUCGUGUUCGAUGAGUGUGGCCCGCCCUGUCCCCGCACCUGCUUCAACCAGCACGUCCCCCUGGGGGAGCUGUCUGCGGACUGUGUGAGGCCCUGUGUCCCUGGCUGCCAGUGCCCCGCAGGCCUGGUGGAGCAUGAAGCCCACUGUAUCCCACCUGAGGCCUGCCCCCCAGUCCUACUCACUGGGGACCAGCCACCCCGAGAUCUGCUCAGCCCCAGCCAGGAAUCCCGGGGGACACCUGACCCAGGAUGACAGCGACCGGGACUCAUCAGACCAGAAGUCUCUCCUUGGAGAGCAGCUCCCACCCUGGCCAGAGCUUCAGCGAGAGUGCCCUGCGCUGGCACUGGGAGCCUGGGCCCAUGUCCCACAAAAACCCCAGCCGUGUUGAGUCAGAAGCAGUAAACUCGGGGCCUGACCUAAGGCUGCCUUGUGUGUGUGCGUGCUUCCUCCUGGCGCUGGGGUGGCGACAUGGGCUGCUUGGGACAUGGCGGCCAGAAGUCAGGUCCCCAGAGUCAGAGCGGUGGCAGCUGUGGGGAUUCAGCUCUGGACCUUGCUCACUCCUGUGCCUGCAUCCCUGGGCUGCCCUUGCCCGCCACACCCUGGUGCUGCCCUGCAGUGGGCAGGCGGAGCCAGGACUCCUGGUCCCAGCCUGCGUUUGCCGGUAGCAGGCAUGGCCUGUGGCCCCGAUGGGGCACCCUCUGUGGAUCAUGUGGAAUCCUGCAGGGGUGCUCAGUCCCCACAUGGCAACCUGUUUUCUCUUGGUUUGGGGAUACCAAGUGCUCAGGGGCCACCGGGGCCACUCAGAGCUGGUGAUAGAGGGACCCUGUGCCUGGAGUGGGGAUCAGGACAGUGAUGAAAUACAGACACAGAUACAAGUGCACAGACAUCCCCCCACACACACACAACAAGCGUGUAUACCUGUGUGCAUCCACAGCCACGCCCACCCUGAUGGGCCUGUGGGCCGGGGACACACGUGCAGUUUCUGAAGACAUCCUUGUAGGGGAAAGAACAUGAGCUUUGAAAUAGAAAAACUCUAUUUCUUUGAAAAGAAAAACAUCUUUUAAAAGUGAACUCUAUCUUGAAUUCUCUUUACCUCCUACUGGCUAUCUGACCUUGGUGUGUUAGGGACCUUGGCUAAAGGGGGCCCUGCACUCAUUGCUGGGUCCCUAAUAUUUCAGCAGGAGGAGGGGAGAGUGUUGGGCUGGAUUGAGGUCACCUGUCUGCUUGCUCAGCUGCUUCUGCCGAGGCUGCUCUCUGGGCUCCCUGCCCUGUGGCGUGGCUAGAGCAGCAGCAGAGGCGGCGAAGAUCACAGCCUCUCCUGUCUUCAUUCCCUC